CUUCAAAACCCAAAUGAAAACAACACAAAAAUAAAAAAUUAACAUUAAUUAGCCCAAAUAAGAAAACUAUCGUACACCCUAAACUAUUUCAUAAGCCCGAUUUGUGGGCCUGUAAAGUAUAUACUUGUGUAUUCACUAUGAACGAGAAUUCGAGAAUAGACGAAAAUGACAAUGAUAAAAAAGAAGUUAGUCAAGAAAAAAUGUUCACAUUGAAAAAAUGGAAUGCUGUAGCUAUGUGGAGCUGGGAUGUUGAAUGCGAUACCUGCGCUAUUUGCAGAGUUCAAGUUAUGGAUGCCUGCCUCAGAUGCCAAGCAGAAAAUAAAAAAGAUUUGGAAAAGCAGGAUUGUGUUGUAGUUUGGGGUGAAUGUAAUCAUUCUUUUCACUAUUGCUGCAUGUCUUUAUGGGUCAAGCAGAAUAAUAGAUGUCCUUUAUGCCAACAAGAAUGGUCUAUACAACGUAUGGGCAAAUAAGAUUGAAUUUGAAUGUAUUAUUGUUUCUCUAUUGUAGAUUGUACCAUAUAAACGCAAAUGCUUCCUGAGAAUACAUAUUGCUCUUUAUGAUGAUGUAAUGAAAGAGUGUCUUUUCUAUCAUUCACAAUUUAUAUUAAAAAAAGACUUUUUCAUUUCAA